AUCUCAUAUACCUACCUCUAGGCGGCACGCAGGCAUCCCAUCUCAGUCUCAGGUGCCUCAUGUGGUCAGCCGGCGGUUUGCCUGCAUAUAUAGGUAUGUAUGCGUGAGCCCGUCUCCUUUAUGCAUGUAUGUGCUGUAGGUAUGUACGUGCGGCGCGGGUUAGCUAAUGGGCGUUGCGGUGGACUGGGGGUUAUUUACAUGAUCCGCAAAUCUCUGCUUGCUUCUAGGACUCGUCCCCCUUUUACCACUCCCCAUCCGUGUAGGUAAAUCCGCCCGGCCCGGCUCCCCUUUUCGUGAUAGUGUCGCGGCUCAACAUCAAGGGAAAAAGAUGUCGCUGGUCAGUAUUCCCGUCGAGAUUAUUACCGACAUCUUCUGCCUUGUCGAUUCUCUGGAAGCGCGCACCUAUGGAGACUAUCAGCGUUCCAAUCUCUGCGCCCUCGCGCUGACCUGUCGUUACCUCUCUGAGGUAGCUGGCGCUCUUCUCUACGAGCGUGUUAGCUUCGGGUUCGGUGUUCUCGACCGCUUUUUAACAGAGGACGUGAAACGAAUAAAACACUUGAACAGGUCGUUUAGGAAUAGGCCGUCCCUCGUAGACCGCAUCCAUUCCGCCGACCUGCAUUUUCCCUUUACGGGGGCCGGCUCUAUUACCUAUAAGGAAUUCCUCCGUCACUUGAGCAGGUCGAGUUCGCUAACGAGCCUAAUGACGGAGCUUGGCUUUGCGUCGUGGAACCACUUGGAGGCGUUGUAUAAAUGCGAGGAGGGAGGCUUUCCUAACUUGAAAACGUUGAACAUCGAGCUCCUCGGCGGGACGCAGUGGGACCAAAACGAGCUUCCCGUCGAGAAAUUGGCCUCGAUAUGCGAACUGCCGAGCUUGGAGACGAUUGUCGUCCGAGCAUCGAUCGAGCUGCCCUCGGAGAAGCCCGUGUCGACAACGCCCUUCCCCAACCUCAAGCGUCUGCACUUCGGUUUCCAACCCGUCUACGUCGAGGUUCUGCAGACCUUGAUGUCGCGGGCCCCGGGCUUGACCUCUCUCCGGCUUCCGAUUCCGGGGGAGUCCUUCCAGUGUAUCAUGAAGAAUCCCGAUAAGCCACACGUAGAUGGCUACAGCAUGCACGGCAUUAUGAGCCCUGAAUUCUACGGAACUCUGUUUUUGCCGGUGGCGAGUAGCCUGACUGACCUGGUUCUCAACACCGACCACGUUUUCUUCACGCACGACGGAUCUGUGAUCGACCUCUCGCGCCUCGUGAACUUGACUAGCCUUACUCUCAGCAGCUAUUUGCUUUUCGGCUCCGGCCACCUCGCCGCCGACGACCCGCGGGCGCAGGGCGUUUGGGAAUCGCUGCCGGCGUGCCUGACUGAGCUGCAUCUGAGGUUCCCCGGCACGAUGGGCUUAUUCUGGCCGCUCGACGUUGUGCAAGCCCGCGCGGCCUCCGACACGUUUGGUGAGCGCUGGGAGGAGAGGCUGAACACGGACCACGUCGCGUGGCUGCUCGACCUUCUCGAUAAAACUCGCGAUCGUAAGCUCGCUCUCAAAUCGAUAACCAUCAGCGAAGGCUCGGCAAUAGACUCGGAGCCUGUCUGGCAGAUUGUGCAGUGGCAUAUGACAGACCUGCUGAGGAAAGCAGCCAGAGAGGCAUCUGUGAACCUAGUUAUUCGGCUGAGAGUUCCUCUAACAUUCGAUUCUACCGAGUUUGAUGUGUGGAAAAUACCACAACGACGUGAUCUAAGAAUAUGAUUGCACAGCGGUUAGUACAGGGUGGUUUCUACUCACAUACUGGAUCCAACGUUCAGGAGGUAUGGGGGAGUUCGAACGAUUUGGUUAUACGCCUGGC